AUGGAUGGGCUCGGCCGCCGCCUCCGAGCCAGCCUGCGACUGAAGCGCGGCCGCGGGGGAUCCGCCCAGGACGGUCCCGGGGAGGCCGCCAAGGAGCCGGAGCGGGCCCCGGAGCACUGCCUGCCCACCUUCGCCGGAGGCCAGCACUUCUUUGAGUACCUCCUGGUUGUUUCCCUCAAAAGGAGGCGAUCAGGGGAGGAUUAUGAGCCCACAAUCACCUACCAGUUUCCCAAGCGGGAGAACCUGCUUCGGGGCCAACAGGAGGAGGAGGAGCGGCUGCUCAGUGCCAUCCCCUUGUUCUGCUUCCCGGACGGGAACGAGUGGGCCCCCCUCACUGAGUACCCCAGGGAGACCUUCUCCUUCGUGCUGACCAACGUGGACGGGAGCAGGAAGAUCGGCUACUGCCGGCGCCUCCUGCCCGCCGGCCGCGGCCCUCGGCUCCCCAAGGUGUACUGCAUCAUCAGCUGCAUCGGCUGCUUCGGCCUGUUCUCUAAGAUCCUGGACGAGGUGGAGAAGCGGCACCAGAUCUCCAUGGCCGUCAUCUACCCGUUCAUGCAGGGCCUGCGGGAGGCGGCCUUCCCCGCCCCCGGGAAGACCGUCACCCUCAAGAGCUUCAUCCCCGACUCGGGCACCGAGUUCAUCUCCCUGACGCGGCCCCUGGACUCCCACCUGGAGCACGUGGACUUCAGCUCCCUGCUGCGCUGCCUCAGCUUCGAGCAGAUCCUGCAGCUCUUCGCCUCGGCCGUGCUGGAGCGGAGGAUCAUCUUCCUGGCCGAAGGGCUCAGCACCCUGUCGCAGUGCAUCCAUGCUGCCGCCGCGCUGCUCUACCCCUUCAGCUGGGCGCACACCUACAUCCCCGUGGUCCCCGAGAGCCUCCUGGCCACCGUCUGCUGCCCCACGCCCUUCAUGGUGGGAGUGCAGAUGCGCUUCCUGCAGGAGGUUCUGGACAGCCCCAUGGAGGAGGUCCUGCUGGUGAAUCUUUGUGAAGGAACCUUCUUAAUGUCAGUGGGUGACGAGAAAGACAUCCUACCUCCCAAGCUUCAGGAAGACAUCUUGGAGUCUCUCGCUCAGGGGAUGGAGGAGCAGCAGACCCCGGAACAGAUCAACGAGCACGUUUCGGGCCCCUUCGUGCAGUUCUUCGUCAAGACCGUGGGCCACUACGCGUCCUACAUCAGGCGGGAGGCCGGCGGGCGAGGCCGCUUCCAGGAGCGGGCCUUCUACAAGGCGCUGCCCUCCAAGGCCAGCCGCUGCUUCGUGAAGAAGUUCGUGAAGACGCAGCUCUUCUCGCUCUUCAUCCAGGAGGCGGAGAAGAGCAGGAACCCGCCUGCAGGCUAUUUCCAGCAGAAAAUCCGUGACUAUGAAGAACAGAAGAAACAGAAGAAGUCGAAGGGAAAGUCCGUGAAAUAG